GCAGGACCUUACUCUGGCUCUCCUUGGGCCCAAUCCUCUCCACCAUGUUGUCCAGAGAGCGAAAGUGCCCGCAGCCUCAAAUCCCCCCACUCGCAGCGAGGACUAGGAGGCUACAGCCGGGGGCCCGAAGGCAGAGAAGUGCCCCAUAAUCGUCGCCAGGGAUAUAGGCGCGCCAGCUGCCCGAGGGCCCCGGGGGCCUUCGCGCCGGUCCCAGGGGCGGCGCCUGCGUAGGCUGCUCCGCUCGGCGGCCGGGGUGGGGUGCGGUGAGGUCCCACCCGUGGCUCUUUCUCUUGUCUCUCGGGCCGAGCCCCGCCCUGGGGAUCAGGUGACAGCAGAGGCUGGAAUUUGACACCAGACUCUGCCAGCCACGGAGAUGGAGCCGGUGCUUUUCUCCCUGCCAGAGGCCGCCUGUCCCGGAGCCCGCCCGGCCGCAGGUCCGCUUCCCGAGGGCCGAGAGCCCCGCCGGCUCCCUGCCUCGCCGUGUGCGGUGAGUCCGGCCCGGCGUGGAGGGGGAUCCCGGGAUCGGGGCUGCCCUGCCGACUCCGGCCCGGACGCCAGCCGCUCUAACCCGAUCUUUCCCCGCAGGGGGGCGCUGAGCCCACCGGGCACCUGCCGGCCAUGCAGGCGACGUGAACGUCGGGCGCCCGAGGGAGCGAUCCCGGCGGGGCCGGACUAUGGCCCCCGGGGCCGGGUGAGCGCAGGAGCUGCCGAGGAGCCGCUGCCGCCGCCGGGAGGGAGCGGAUUCGAUGCCCUGGAAGGGCCGGUACCCGAGGGCAGAGGGAGGCGCUUCCCGGCCCGGAUCCUCGGAGUAUGGUCCCCGGAGAGCCGCGCGCAGCAGGAGGCGCCCCAUCUGCCGAGACGGAGCGCGCGGAUGGAGUGGAGAGUGGAGGGGCCAAGGCACAGAUCGGACAGAUCUCCCUCUGCCUACAGGAGUUUGCCUGUCCGACAAGAGCGAUACAGGGAGCGGGGUUUGUGGGGUACAAUCACCCUGCUAUCAUUGUUUGCUGGUGCAGUCAUGGCAACCCCACAGACCUGGCACAACAACCAGACAUUGGGAGCUGCCCCUGAUGGAAGCAUGGGCACUGCCAGCUCUGCCCCUCUGGAGGAAAACAGCAGGGAAGCAUCAUCACUGGGCACAUGGAGCCAUUGGCACGGGGGAAACGUGACCAUAGACAGGCUGAGCUCCUCGGAACUGCUCAGGGCUGAGCGCUCCCCAGCCGGUUCCAGCAAGGCCAAGAAAGGAUCCAAGAAAGCUGGUCGCAGCAAAAACAGCCGCUACUGCCGCCUGCACAGCCGCCUGGUGAAGGUGCGGGACCUUGGGCUGGGCUUCGAGUCGGAGGAGAUUGUGCCGUUCAAGUACUGCAGUGGGUCGUGCCAGCGCGCCCGCACCAACUAUGACCUGGCCUUGAGUAGCCUGCUACAGCAACGCACCAUCGUGCCUGGGCCUCAUGACCACCCUUCCUCCCACCCCUGCUGCCGCCCCACCCGGUAUGAGGACUUCUCCUUUAUGAAUGUGCGCAAUGCCUGGCAGACUGUGGACCGUAUCUCAGCAGCAGAGUGUGGCUGCGUGGGCUGAGGGGUCUGUCUACUCCAAGCUCACUGUGUGUUACUGAGGCUGCAGCUAUGCCUAGGGCCUUGCUCCAUUGGUGGGGCAUGAGACGCGGAGAGACACAGUCUGUGGUGGGGCUUUCCAGGUCAGGCAGAAGCAGCACAUGGACAAUAAGCAGGAAGAGAGCAUGAGAGCCAUGGCUUGAAGGUGCCUGGGCCUUCAUCUCCACAUCUGUGGAACAUCUUCAUAGGGUACUUUCCUCACAGGAGCAAGAUGGUGAGAUGGAGGUCAGCCAAGCCUUUGAGGGCUGCAAACCCACACUGGGAGGAAUUCGCUCCUUUAGGAUUUUGUCCGUCAACCGUGUUGUGCAUUUGCUCACUCAUCAAGUUGCACCCUCCAGUGGAGAAGCAGCACUGGGAUUUCCCAUACCUUUACUCAAGGGAUGAAGGAUAGGGUUGAAGCCUGAAAGACCACUGGUGCAAAUGGGUAGGUUCUUGAGCAUCACUUCUUACCACUUUGUCAGGCAGUGGAAAGAAUUGGCUGCUCGCUCAGGUCACCUGGCCCUGUCAAUUGCAAGGCUCAUGUUCUCUCCCACUUUAAGCCCCCAAACCUUUCCCCGAGCAACUUGGUUUGCUCCAUCAGGGAGCAGAUAUAGUUGAACACGAAGGACAGAGUCACAAUGCUUAGCAGCAGCUUCAGGGUCAACCUACAACUGGCGAGCUUGUGCUCUGACGGUCCAUUGACGGUCCACUGCUGUCAGUCUUGUGCUGGGAUGGUCGGCACAGUUGUUGAGGACUGAAUGGAGCACCUUCCUGGUUUUGUACUAAGAUGGUGGUAAUUCUUAUAGUCUUUGACCUGGUUUGGGGAGCUUCUCCUGGUGAGAACAAGCCCUUGGCAGAUGGGAGGCUGGUGGCUGGACCUUGGGGAGGGGAUCGAGAAGCACAGCUGAUGGAAGUCUUAUGUUUCCACAGCGUAGUUAAGGCACCUAUGGAGCUACAGAAAAUGGUCUUAUCCUAUAAAACCAAUGAUGGUGUUAACAUCCUGGUUUGCAACAUUCCCUAACACACCACCAGCAGCUUGGAGUUUGGCCACUACAGUUGCCAGGCCAACACUGGAAGAAGCAAUAGCCCCUGCCAAUCCCUGAGUCAGCCAUCACUUGGUGCCAGCAGGGUGGGGAACUCUCUGUCCUAGAAGUGACACUUUCUGAACAAAGUUAUUUAUUCUCUAACUUAUUUAUUUAUUUGUUUGAACCCCACUCCCCACCCAGUGGCACCUAUUUAUGAUGCUGAGAGUCGGGCCUGGUGUAUCAUUGAAAACGGGUGCUGAUGUUAUGUCCCAGCCUGUGACCAGCAGUUCCUACUCCCUUUUCCCUUCUUGGCCUGAUCAAAGGCAUUUCCUCUUUUCCCUUUCCUGAUUUUUAUAUUCUCUACCCUUUAUUUGCAUUUGAAUAAACUCUAUUUUUGUACAGCAGCAACUUCCUGUAGCAAUAAAGCCUGUUAAGGCAGUGAGAAAUUGGCUU